UUUUCAUUUUUGUGUGAACUAACCCUUUAAGUAUGGAAAUAAUAAUAUAUAUAUAUAUAUAUAUAUUUUUUUUUUUUUUUUUUGAUGAUGUGGUAUAAUAUCUCAUUUUUAUAAACAAUUAAUUGAUGAACACUGUGAUCUAAAAUUUGUAAUUGAAUAGAAUGUUUCUAAGUUGUCCAUUGGCUUUCAUCCAAAGAGAGAAAAAAAACCUUACGGUAAAUACCUUGUUUAGUCUGUCUCGAGUCUGUGUUUCCCCCUCUUGAACUUGCAGCCCUUUUGUUUGCAGCAUAGAUGCUUAUCUAUUCAACACCGUUGGCCAACCUUUUGCCAAUGAAAGACGUGACUUCAAACUCGUCUUCCACCAGACCCUUAACGCUGCUAAAUUAUGCUUGUAAAUAAUUUGUAUUAGCCCACACAUUCAUUAGCCUAACACACAUAGUAAAGCCUGAAUAUCCCACACAGUUCCACCACAUGAAUAUCCCACACAGUUCCACCGGUUUGGACUUCCUCUAGGAAUUCCCAGUAUUGGUCAAUGUAGUGCGGGAAAUGAGCAACCCAGUUACGGGCAUCGAUGUGCCGGAAGCGAUGAUCUCCAGGCUCGACUCCGCUAACCGGGUCAUUUAAAAUAAUUCGAAACCGAAAACACUCUAGUCCACCCCUCUGUUGCGUCACCUCAUUCCACCGCCCACUGCUUACAUUAAAGACCUCCGAGCAGUUUAAAUCAUGACCAGGCACUUAGUUCUGCAGACUAGGCUACAGUUGCCUCCACAUUCUAUUAACUUCAUUCGAAGAAUUCAUUUUGAAUUUUCAUUUUCAUUUCGAAGAAUUUUGUAUAUUAGGCUACGGAAAUAUGACAAAAGACUGCUGAUUUAUUCUGAAAGUAUACAUGCAAGCAUUUUGUUCUGAUUUAACUGUCGAUGAACAAUCCGUGCUCUUGGAGAUGCCAGCUGCUGUCAUGGACAACUUUGACCGGGGAAGUCCUUUCUCGCAAAGUGAUUCUCAAAGUCCUCAAGACUGGAGCACGCAGUCAGAUGGCCACACGUACCAUCGCAGAGAGAAAAACAGAGAUGCAGCUCGCAAGAGUCGAAGAAAACAGACAGAAAAGGCUGACACGCUGCACGAGGAACUCCAAUCUCUAGAGCAGUCUAAUGCCGCAAUCCGAAAAGAAAUCGCUGAACUGGAGAAGGAGCUUAAAAUGUACACCACUGCUUUGGAACAACAUGAACCUCACUGCACUAAACCAUGUCCAUAUGGACCAUCAGUUGGUGUUCCAGCAGGUCCAUCCACAGCUACACCCUUUACCUCAGAUUCCAACUUCAUCCCAGAACUCAACCCCUUUCCGGACCUUACAUUGUUACCAGACACUAAUUCAGUGGAUUUGCCUCUAACAGGGCUCCUCGACAGUUGCGAUUGGUCUCCUUGGGACACAUUGAAUGGGAAUGGGUGCCUACAGCAGUUUUGAGGUGCAGUCAGUUACGUUCUUAUUUGGUGACCAGUUUUACACACUACCACAUACUGCAAACAGCUCUUUUUAUUGUGUUCAAAUACAAACGGUGCUAAAACCCACAAUCCAUUAAGGUGUGAAUAUGUUGUAUAUUCUAAUUUAUUUAAACAAUACUUACAGAUGUCAAGAUUUAUUUUUACAUGUAGCUAUAUUUUAAAAAUGGGCAUUAUUUUUUAAAAUGUAUUACAAGACCACAACCGAAUGUUGGGCUAAGGUAUUCCUUACUUUAAUCCAUUUUGAUUUUGUGAUAUUUGAUUUGUGAUUGAUAUGAGAGUUUUCUGUUAAUGAAUAAAUUAUAUUUUAAUAAUUUCAAA